AUGGGUUCUAGUGCUCUUUCUUCUCCUCCCGUCACCCAAUUGUUCCAAUCACUCGAGCAGAGCGGAGUUCAGUUAAGUUCAACUCAAGACGAUGUUGAUGAUCUUAUGGUGAAAGCAAUAUUGGCGUUGAGGACAUGCUUGGUGGAAAUUGAGAAGGCUUAUAAUCUGAUGGAUAAUUUCAAAACAAGAUACCUGUCACUUCUCCGACGAACAGUCUGCCAUGAAGCUCUUGUUGGUAACAGUGGCGACAGUGACGAUGAACUCUCUGACAACCCACUUCUCCCAGUUCUUGGACUAGCUGGCGUUGAUAUUCAAGCAGCUCAGGCCAAAGCUAUGGAGUCAGCGCUUGCAGCAAUGCAAUCUGGUGGUGGAUUCCCAAUGCCUAUGCAAUUCAACCCUCAACCGUUUACCAUAGCACAAAUUGAGAGAAAUUUAGAGUUUUUGAAACAAUGCGGCUUUCCAACUCCCAACCUGCCAUCAGAUUUCUUCAAACAUCUUUCUGAAAAGUCACCGGAGAAAAGUGAAGAAGAAAAAUCACACAGACCAGGAACACCACAGUCGCCAAGUUCCGCGGAUUGA